CGAUCUGCACUCAUGCCUUUCUCCUUCUCUUCUACUUCAAAAUCCUCGACCCUACGGUUUACUCAUUCUGAUAGUCUGGUCUCUUCAUUCUAACCGUCCCUCCGGUUCGAAGAAUAUGUCGUCGAUUCCAGACUCGUGCUACAUUCAUUCGGGGGGUUCGGUCAUAUUAACGACAGAUCUAUCGCCUUGCGGAGUGACAAACAGUACCAAUCCACAGGUUCCAUGUUGUUGGAAAGGCGACACAUGUCUCAGUGAUGGCAUAUGUACAUACACGCACUCUCUAGAUGGUGGCUCGGGCUAUGUCGCAGCAGGAUGCACUGAUCAGGGUUUUGGAGACGGCUGUCGAAGCCUGUGCGCCCAAAAUACUUAUGGAGACAUUGUUUAUGUCGAAUCGUCGAAGACGUGGCAUUGCUGCAGCUUUCCACCUGAUGGGAUCCGCAAUUGUUCACAGCCCUUAUCAGACCAGUUCCUUGCCCCAGCACCAAAAGAAUUACUCACCAUACAAGCUCUACCCAAGACUGGGACUCCGUCGUAUGUAGUUGCAACAGUAUCGAGCACGCCCACCUCAACGCCAUCCGGUAUAUCAACCAGUGCCAGCUCAACAACUAGCACAGCUGCACCCUCUACCACAUCAUCCACUAGCAACACAUCGACUCCUUCAACUAGUGGGGGUCUCAGCACUGGUGCAAAAGCUGGAAUAGGCGUUGGAGCUGGAAUUGCGGCCGUGGGAAUUAUGGGACUUAUUGGAUUCUUGCUCUUCAGACGCCGCCGCAGACAACCGUAUGCCACGGACACAAACGUACACGAACUUGCACAACCGCCAACAUACUACGCAAACCAGACAAAGUAUGCAGAACUACAAGGUCCUAUCGCUGAGAAAGAUGCCAGAACAGGACCUGUCGAGCUAGGGACGACGGAGCGGUAGUAAUGUAAUCGUACGAAUGCGGCGCUGGAUUCCGACAACUGCGAAGAGAAAAGAAGAGGAAGGUUUUCGGUCAGGAUUUAUAGUUCAUUGUUUGGAGAUACCCGAGUGGAUGUAAGACCAACACCAAGGAUGUAAUGGGGGCUAGGAUACGGCUUCGCUCUGUAAUAAUGUCAGUUAGAAGCUGGAAAGAGAAGACCAGGAAAAUGUUCGAGUCAACGCGAUAGGUUGAAUACCCAAAUGAUAAGGAUCAACGCCUUCUGUUUCUGUAUGUUGCUAGUUCAGUCCGACAGUCGUGCAUGUCAUAC